AUGCCGUGUGAACUGUUGUCUCGAGUCUACUCAACGAAUACAGUGGUGGAGGGAAUCGAGAUUGUAAAAAAGGAGGUUGGGAUGGAUGCCUUAACUUCUCCCGACGCUGCUCUCGAGCAAGAGCUUCUGAAACUUGAGGAGAUGGAGCUUAAGAGACAGCGUGGAAUUGCAACUCCUGUUCGCUCGAUGGCUUUGCAAGCGGGACCCGAUGAAGAUACAGUACCAGCUUCGAUUGAAUAUCGGCCAUUGUCUGGUCCUGGGUCCCCCGAGAUCUCGGCGGAAACGAAUCUUGAGAUGGGUGAUGGGGCCGGUGAGGAGGGUGAGCCCCAGAAGUCUCUUAAUGAAGAAGAUACCAUGAUGGCAGCGUGGUUUGGUGUUUAUGAUGAUGAUUUUGGUGGCCCAACUUCCCCGGGUUCACCAGUGGUACCUUGUGCAUCUGACCCCUACGUGGAUGCUGUUGAUUUGGGUGAACAGGAUGUCUCAAACGAGAACACCGGCAUCGUGCAGAACACCGAGGAGGUAAAGAAGGUGGAGAAGGUUGCCCCUGCUGCUGGGGAUACACCCAAAGCAACUGGUGAAAGCAAUGAGAUGAAGAGGCUCAGGCGGGUGAUGCAGCCACGGGCCGAUGGAACAUACAUUGUUCCCCAAGAGAUUGUGGACAAGUGGGCGGACACCGCUGGUGGGGGGCGCAACCUUGUGAUCCAAAUGUGGAACGCAUCGGAAACGAACAAGGAGGAGUUCAUCAAGAGGUGCCGCCGCAAGGUGGAAUCCAUCAAAGAGUCCCAAUUGGAAGUGGAUGGUGAGUUUAUGUCGGAGCAGGAUAUGCUGGAUGAGAACUACAAGCCGAACAAGAUUGCUGCAAUCAAAGCUGACUGCGCGAAGGUCAGCGGUUGGAUCCGGCGGGACAGGUAUGAGAAACAUGUGAAGCUCUACUGGGUGGAGAAGAACCUGAAGGGAAAAUCCCUGAAGAAGCGACGUGAAGUUCUUGAAUAUGAAGAGGAGAUAGACGAGGAGAAGUUUGACGGCAUGAUGGCAUCGAGCUUGGAUAACCCAAUGCCAGGGGGGUUUGAACUGCCUGAGGACACAACAGACCCUACAAUUGUCAUUGAAGCUGAUGGAGAUGAAGAUACCAAGAAAAGUUUGAAGAUGCUGGCUUUCCCGGUUAUGGAUGAUGAUGCUGUCCCAAGCUCAUACAUUCAAAAGGUUCAGGGUGCCAUUGGCAAAUGGCGGGUCAAGAUGCACGCGAUGGUCGCAGUCAAGGAUGAACUUGAAGAAGUCCCCGAGUCUAUGGGCCAGCUCUUUGACAAGGCAUUGGAGUUCGACGAAAAAUUGAAGGAGGUGGAGGAAAAAAUCAUGACCAUCAAUAUGCAGGGAAUCGUUGAUGGAUUCACCAAAGGGCACCAGGAUGAUUUGGUGGAGCAUUUCAAGACCAGCCGCCAAUGGCAACAGGUUGCUCUCUUCAGGAACCACGUUGGUGCAGCACUUUGUGUCUUCAAAAUUGGGGUGUGCAAAUGCUUUGAACUUGUCGACCCGGGCGCAGUCUUUGCCUCAAACAACGUGCCGUUUGUCAACCACAUCAAGGGGCUGGUGAGAAAGCGACAGCGUGAAGCUGAUAGCAAGGCACCUGCAAAGUCUUUAGCAGAACAUCAUCAAGCCUUAGCACAGGAGCUGAAGAGCUGUCCGGAGCUGGCAGGUCACUUGUCAACCAGGGGCAUUGGAGGUGACACCAAGAAUUCUUCAAGGCAGUACAAGCGUUUGGUCCAAAGAGGCUGCUUGGAGGGCAACUAUUUGUCAAGCUCCUCCGUGGACUUCAAGUCCUCCCUUUGGUGUCUACAGGCAUGGGAUCUGGUUGAAGAACUCUUGCAGAGAGAAACUCAUGAGGAUGACUACCCAGAGGCUCGAAACAAGAUUCCAUGCAACUCGCAUCCCAUGAGCGAUGUGAUUCCUUUCCUGGUUUUCAUGCACGAACUGGAGCUCAUCAGGCGAAUGAUGCACACCUACACAGGGACCUUUUUGCUGAUGUUCCUGGUGAUUUUCAGUGCUGGUUUCUCAUACAUCAUGUACUAUCGCAUGGUGAUGAUGAAGAGUCAGAGAAGGGUGAAAUGGCUGGAGCCUGGGUUUCUGUCCAUCUUCGUGUUGGAUUGUGUGCCCUGCCAGCGCCGAGAGUAUGGGAGUUGGCCGGGCUUGGCAUGCAUCUAUCGGCAUCGGCAUCGGCCAUGGGAGGAGAUUGCUUCAGUUUUCCGCACGUUGAUCCUAAAGUAUCGCAGUCAUUUCUGGAAAGCAAUGGGUGCUGGGAUCAAAUAUGAUGGCUUUCCAAUGGUUUCCCUAAUGGUUUCCCCAAUGGUUUCCAUGUUCGCCGGUGAAAACAGGCCGUAG